GCAUGCCAGUGUCUGACCAGUAUGUGAAGCUGGAGGAGGAGCGCCGGCACCAGCAGAAGCUGGAGAAGGACAAGAAGAAGAAGAAGCAGAAGAAAGAGAAGCGGGGGAGCAAGCACCGGCGCCACAGCUCCCUCCACACAGAAAGCGACGAGGACAUUGCACCCGCCCAGCACGUGGACAUCAUCACGGAGGAGAUGCCAGAGAAUGCUCUGCCCAGUGACGACGACGACAAAGACCCCAACGACCCCUACAAAGCGCUGGACAUUGACCUGGACAAGCCCUUAGCCGAUAGCGAGAAGCUUCCUGUUCAGAGGCACAGGAUCACCGAUGGCCUGAAGUCUCCGCAAGACGUCGAAGUUCCCCCCGUAGAGAAGAAGAGCAAGAAGCCGAGAAAGAAGGAGAAAAAACACAAAGAGAAAGAGAGGGAGAAGGAGAAGAGGAAAGAACGGGAGAAGAAAGCAGAGGAGGAAGAUACAAAGCCCGAUGACAUGGACUUCUGGCUUUCGGACGCUCCAACUCCUGCCGCAGCAACGGAGGUAGAGAGCAAGCCGGAGGUGAGCGUAGACUCGGCAGAACCCGGAGAACCGGAGGAAGCCCAGAAGGAGGGGCAAGAGGAAGAGGCGGAGGAAGAAGGUGAAGGAAAGAAAUCCACCAAGCACAAGAAGAAGAAGCAUAAAAAGGAGGAGAAGUCCAAGGACAAAAAGAAGUCCAAGAAACACCACGGAGAGGAGCUGCCGCCACCGGAGUCUGUGCAGAACGGGACCCUGGAGGAUGAGCCUCUGCCGCCAAUGUCGAGUUACCGCCUUCUUGCUGAAAAUGCGUACAUUACCAUGACCUACGACAUCCAAGGGAACCUCCAGCACGACAGCCAGGUCACCGUCUCCGUGAUCUUCGAGAACAAGAGCAGCAGCUUCCUCAAGAGCAUGGAGCUCAACGUGUUGGACUCCCUGAACACCAAGAUGCUGCGGCCGGAAGGCUCCUCGAUACACGACGGCAUCCCCGUUCCUUUCCAGUUGCCUCCUGGGGUCUCGAACGAAGCUCAGUUUGUCUUCACCCUUCAGAGUAUCAUUAUGGCCCAGAAGCUAAAAGGAACCCUGUCUUUCAUAGCAAAAGAUGAUGAAGGUUCGACGCACGAAAAGCUAGAUUUCAAGUUGCUCUUCAGUUGCGCCUCUUACCUGAUCACGACGCCGUGUUACAGUGACGCUUUUGCCAAGUUGCUGGAGUCCGGCGAUUUGCACGGCAGCUCAAUCAAAGUGGACGGCAUCACCGCCCCGUUCCAUCACGUAUUGGCAAAAAUAUGUUUCUACCAUCACUUCUCAGUUGUGGAGCGAGUCGAAGCCUGUGCGUCCAUGUACAGCCGUUCAAUCCAGGGCCAUCAUGUCUGCCUGCUAGUGAAAAAGGGAGAGACUUCCGUGUCCGUCGAUGGGAAAUGCGAUGAGUCUACCCUGCUGAGCAACCUGCUGUCGGAACUCAAGGAGACCCUUUCGAAGUGCUGAGUUCUCUCGGGGGAAACUGGUGCAGCCCUCCACUCCCCCCCCCACACACACACACACAACGAGAUCUGC